UCAGUUCGAGAGUAAAUUUCAAUUAGUACGAACGUGUUUGCGCAAAACGAAUUAACUAAAAGAAAUACUAAUUUUUUUCAUUGCUAUAAUUAAACAAUCUUUUUUCUUCAACUAUAACUAAAAAAAACACCUCAUUAAGUGAAAAAGUAAAAAAUAUUACAUAAAAAAGCAAUCAAUUGUCACAAAGAAAGAAAAGUUCUUUCGAUUGAACGCUAUACGCAUAAAAAAACAAAUAAAAUUUAAUUUUAAAUUAAAAAAAUUAUUUAAAACAAAUUUGUAAUUAAAUUACAAAAAAAGCUUAAAUAAAUACAUAAUUUAAAUUUGAAAAAAAUAUACAGAAGAAAUAAAUAACAACUAACUACCUAUUUUUAGUAGCAGUUUAAAAAAAACAGAUUUUCUUUGUUUGGUGGAAGGAAAAGAAAAAAAGAAACAAGUAUUAAAACAAUACUAUUGUAUGUGAGUUUGUGUUCUUUAUAGAUGAUUUCAAACGCAAAUCAAUUCGUUUAAAGAUAAAAUCGGCCUUUAUGUGCUGCCUAUCUGUUUUCACAUCGACUAAACAAACAUGAGUCGGUCAGCUCAUCAACGCCAACAGCAAAAGCUGCAAAUGCAGCAGCAGCAACUGUUGGCGCAACAGAUGGCUGACAAUGAGGCAGCCGCUGCUGCAGCCGAGAUGUUUGAUUUGUUUUGUGUGGCCACCACAAUGCGUCAAAUACUUGGCUUACAUCGCCAAAUGUGUGAUGUUGUUGGCUUACGACCCGCCCCCCUUAAUGAGUUCUAUCCAAAGCUUAAAACCAAAGUGCGUUCAUGGAAGGCACAGGCUUUAUGGAAGAAAUUCGAUGCAAGAGCUGCUCACCGAGCCUAUGCCAAAGGUACAGCCUGUACUGGGACAAGAGUGCUAGUAAUUGGUGCCGGUCCCUGUGGUCUACGCACAGCUAUCGAAGCCCAACUGCUAGGCGCCAAAGUGGUGGUGGUUGAGAAGAGAGAUCGUAUUUCGCGCAACAAUGUUCUGCAUUUGUGGCCCUUUGUUAUAACGGAUCUACGCAAUUUGGGUGCAAAGAAAUUCUAUGGAAAAUUUUGUGCUGGCUCCAUAGAUCAUAUAUCGAUUAGACAGUUGCAAUGUAUUUUACUUAAAGUAGCUUUACUCUUGGGCGUUGAAAUUCAUGAGGGUGUAUCGUUCGAACGCACAAUAGAACCAAGUGGUGAUGGUUGUGGUUGGAGGGCAUCGGUUACGCCGGCUGAUCAUGCCGUAUCGCAUUAUGAAUUUGAUGUGCUAAUAGGAGCAGAUGGUAAACGCAAUACGUUGGAGGCUUUUAAACGUAAAGAAUUUCGAGGAAAACUUGCCAUAGCGAUAACGGCAAAUUUCAUAAAUAAAAAAACUGAAGCAGAAGCUAAGGCGGAGGAAAUAAGUGGUGUAGCGUUUAUAUUCAAUCAAUCCUUCUUUAAGGAGUUGUACCAUACAACUGGUAUAGAUUUGGAAAAUAUUGUAUACUAUAAGGAUGAAACACAUUACUUUGUAAUGACUGCCAAAAAGCAUAGUCUUAUCGACAAAGGAGUUAUUUUACAAGACUUUGCAGAUCCUGCGGAAUUAUUAGCUCCUAUUAAUGUAAAUACUGAGAAACUUUUAGACUAUGCUCGCGAAGCUGCUGAAUUUUCUACCAAAUAUCAAAUGCCAAAUUUAGAAUUUGCUGUUAAUCAUUAUGGAAAACCCGAUGUGGCCAUGUUUGAUUUUACCUCCAUGUUUGCCGCUGAAUCUUCUUGUCGUGUAAUAGUGCGCAAAGGAUUCCGUCUCUUGCAAUGUCUGGUGGGUGAUAGUUUGCUGGAGCCCUUUUGGCCCACAGGCUCUGGUUGUGCUCGUGGUUUCUUAUCCAGUAUGGAUGCUGCAUAUGCCAUAAAACUAUGGUCCAAUUCUGGCAAUAGUACUUUGGGUGUUGUAGCUCAGCGUGAAAGUAUUUACAGACUUUUGGGUCAAACCACGCCGGAAAACUUGCAGCGUGAUAUUGGUAGUUAUACGGUAGAUCCCGCCACUCGCUAUCCCAAUUUAAAUCGUACAUCGGUAAAUGUUUGGCAGGUUAAACAUUUAAUCGAUACAGAUGAUAAUAGCGUUUUAGAACAAACAUUUAUGGAUACAAAUGCUUUACAACCUACUCAGGUCGAUACUCCAGUGCGCAGGAAACGUCGCAGUGGAGAUACUAUGCCUUUAAGUACUGUAUUACUGAGGUGGAUCUGUGCCCAAUUACAUGCCUACGAAUUUACCAAGGAACUUAAAGAAGUUUCAGAUGUUUUUACCAAUGGCAAAGUUUUAUGUGCUUUAAUAAAUCGUUAUCGUCCAGAUCUAGUCGAUUUUAAUACAGUUAAAGAUUUAAGCCCCGUGGAACAAAAUGAUCUCGCUUUUAAGAUAUUAGACAAAGAAUUACAUAUACCACGCAUAAUGAGUGGCAAAGAUUCAUUACAAUUAAGCAAUGUAGAAUCGAAAGUUUGGCUUAAUUACUUAGAACAAAUCUGUGAAGUAUUUCGUGGUGAAAUACCACAUGUAAAGCAUCCCAAAAUUGAUUUCUCUGAUUUGCGUGAGAAAUACAAAACUAACAAUGCUCAUGCCCAGCCGGACUUUUCGAAACUUUUACAACUUUCUACCAAACAAAAAGCCAAAUCUCCCAUACAAGAUCUGGUGGAUGUUCCUCAAGUGGUGCAAAGACGCUCUGUACUGGAUGAGGAGAAACUAAAACGCCAACGACGUUACGAACAACAGUUUGUUGGUAAUGCUGCAGGUGCAGGCAAUGCAGCACAAACUGAUACUCCUCGUCGUGCCAAAAAACGCCGAAGUGCUGAUAAAGCUGCCAAUAUUGAGGAACGACAAAAACGUUUGCAAGAAAUUGAACUGAAUCGUCAAGAUCGCCAAAGUAAGCGACGUCAGCAACGUUAUCAACAAACUCAAAACUUUUACAAAUCUCUACACAUGCUACAAGCCAAUACCUUCUUACGUGAAGCCGAUGAAAAUACUCCCUUUGAAGAUUAUUCGAUAUUUCUGUAUCGCCAGCAGGCUCCCGAAUUCAACGAUCGUGUUAAAGAUUUGGAAAGAAAAUUACUGUAUCCCGAUCGUGAACGUAGUGAUAUACCUUCAGCUCUGCCUCGCAAUGUAGAUGAACAAUUUAGCGAUCGUAUCAAAUCUAUGGAACAACGCAUUUCAUCACGUAAUGCCUAUGGCAGUGAUAAAAAGCCUAAAGAUUUAAUGCGUGCCAUAGGGAAAAUCGACAGCAACGAUUGGAAUGUAAGAGAAAUUGAAAAAAAAAUUGAACAAUCGAAGAAGACGGAAGUUCAUGGACCCAAAGGUCGUGAAAAGGUGCCAAAGUGGAGUAGAGAACAGUUUCAGGCGAGACAAAAUAAAAUGUCAAAACCCACACGCCAAGAUUCCGCAGAAGAGAAAUUCAAAGAAAUCGAUCAAACGCUUAAGAAUCUGGAUAAACAAUUGAAAGAGGGUAAUGUGUUGGAAGUGGGUAAAGUUGCUUCAAUAGCGGGGCAAUUUGUAAAACGUGACGAUACAUCGGAAGAAAAGAAUCCCCCUACAGUAGUACCAAAAUCAAGUACCAAAGUGGCUUUGGCCUUUAAGAAACAAGCAGCCUCUGAAAAGUGUCAUUUCUGCAAGCAGACCGUAUAUCUUAUGGAAAAAUUGCAAACAGAAAAUUUGGUUAUGCAUCGAGGUUGUCUUAAAUGUCAUCAUUGUCAUACAAACUUACGAUUGGGAGCUUAUGCCUUCGAUCGUGACGAUCCCAAUGGUCGCUUCUAUUGUACACAACAUUUCAGAUUACCAGCCAAAGCAAUACGACCGGUGGUACGCAAACCAGGACAGAGGAAACCUACACAACAACAACAAAAUGAGGCAGCUGCUAGUGCUGCUUCAGUGGCUAAAACACCUGUGCCUACAUAUAUCAAUAGUGAAUCGGGUGAUGAACCUAGAACGCCAGAUAAACGUGGCCCAGUCGAUAAUGUUGCCAAAUUGGAUCUCUUGGAACGUGGCCAAACACCGGAACGCAUAGAAUUCGAAAAUACCGAUGCCAUGUCAGACGGGGAACCCUCUGAAGAACAUAUUAUAGAUGAACACGAGUGGUCAGGUCGCAAUUUCCUACCAGAAUCCAAUAAUGAUUCAGAAUCAGACCUUUCAAGUUCAGAUGACUCGGACCACGAUUCAGAUUCUGACAUGUUCGAAGAGGCAAACGAUUCUCCAUUGGGUGCUCAAACUUUGCAACUGGCCUCUGAGUGGAUUGGCAAACAAAAUUAUUCAGAUACUGAUGACUCUGACGAUUCUUAUGAUUCCAGUGAGGGUAUGGCAGACGACGGCAAAGACGAUACAGAAGGUGAAGAAUUUGCUAAAGCUAGAGAAUUGCGCCGUGAAGAAGUUCGUUUACCACCUUUACCUCCUAAUUUACCCACAGAUACUGAAACAGAGGUAAAAUUAACUAGUGACGUUACCACUAUGAAUAAUAAAGAUUUUAUCGAGAAUAAAACAGAAAAUGAAGUAGCAACUGAAAAAGAAAAUAAUAAGAAUUUAGAAGUGGAUACAAGUAAAGAACGAAAGGAUUCUAUUUUGUCCAAUGCAUCUGAUAUUUCGUUCAAGUCUGCUUCUUCGCUAACAAAUGGCAAUAGGAGUUUAUCUUCUGUCACUAAAGCAGAUAUUGAAAAAUUGGAACAAAAUUCAGAGCACAAAUUCAGUGCUGAUAUAGAUGCUAUUACGGAAAAAUUGUAUCGUUUAAAUAAUGUUGUUAAGAUGAAUAAGGAUAUAGAGACAAUUGCCAAGGAGAAUCUCAUACGUAGCGAUAUUUUGAAAAAAUUGACCAUGAAGGAGAAGUGGUUGGCUGACAAUAAAGCGGCGGCCAAAACGAAAUUCGAAGAAAAGGUGGAUAAUUUCUUAAAACCCAUAUCAAAAUUCAAAGAUGAAUUUUUUGCACCAAAAACACCAGCAAAGGAAGAUAAGAGUGAAGAAAAGAUCGUGGAUUCCAAGCCACAAAACGGCUCGGAUCCUUUUAAGCCAAAAUCUAAAUUUAAUGAUAGUUUGACUCCAGCAAUUAAAAAUGAGGAACAAACUGAAACAUUAGCACCUAAGUCUAAAUUUAAAACAGAGGCUGAAAAAAAAUGCUGCAAUUUUAGAUUUAUUAAAUGAUUUAAAAAACAAGAA